UUUUGGUAAAUUAUUCUGAACAAUUGUUUUAAUUUUUACAGAAUUAUAAAACUGUAUAUAGAAAAGGAUGUCAGCUUUGAGGUAUUUACACAAUUUCUAUACUAUUUACAAUGAAUGAUUGAGGGAGUAGAUCAUAGAUACAUACAUUUCGUUAUUUUAAUAUUGUGUAUAAUAUUAAAUUAUUGUUGUCUUACAUGAAAAAUACAAGUACCAGUUUUCCUUGUUUGCACAGUCUAUGUUGAAUCCAAGUACAAUUGUUCUUCAUCAAGUUUUUCAUGAUUAUGACUUUGAAUUUAUUUUAAAUCAUUGUUUAUAAACACAACUCGCAAGUUAAUAAUAAUCACAGGCUAAAAUAUAAUAUAAUUAUAAACAUACAGUAUAAUCUGUGGUUAAAAGUACAAAAUAUAAUUUAUAAUAAAUACUACCCUAGUACUAGUGGCGCAACUAGGAUGUAGUGGGGGGGUCGGGGGAAAGGGUUAAGCCAUCCCUGACUACAAUUUAGCUCCCUAAAAAAUAGUCCUAAUUAAUAUAGACAUGGGUUUUUUUAAAUUAUUAGUUUUGUUAGGAAGGUUGUAGCUCUCCCCAGAAUUUGUAACCCUAGUCUCGCCUAUGCCUAGUUCUAUAAAACAAUUAAUAUAAUUCCUCACUUCUAUCAAUAUAUUAUUGUAAUUUUUAUUAAUAACUGCCAUGUAUUUAUAACAUUUAUAUUUUAUUUUUACCAGAAAAUUUUUCAUAAAAAAAUUUUGAUUACUUUUUGAAGAUCGCUAAAACUAUUGUCAUCAUUUCAAUAUUUUAUACUUAUAAGUUAUAAGGAUUAAAGAUGACGAAGAAAUGAUUUAAUAAAAUUGUGUUUCAAAAUGUUCAAGUUCAAUUUUAAUGCAGAUGAGUUUGACGCGUCUGAAUCUUAUGAAAAUGAAGACCAUGUGGUCAAAACAGAAGAAUUAACUAAUUCUUACACAUUGGCCACUUUGCCAUUCACAGAAUUGAUCAUUGGAGAUAAGUCUUUAAAACUAAUUCAAGAAUUUCCUAAUACAUACAAUUCAGAUCUCAUUCCUGGCACUUAUGAAGGAGGAUUUAAACUUUGGGAAUGUACUCUUGAUCUCUUAGAAUAUCUAAGCAAUAACACCAUGUACUAUAAAGAAAAAUCAGUCUUAGAUUUAGGCUGUGGUACUGGCCUUUUAGGAAUUUUUACAUUGAUUUCUGGAGCUCAGAAUGUUGACUUUCAAGAUUUUAAUAAGGAUGUAUUAACCAAUACAACCAUGAGUAAUGUAUUAGUAAAUUGUAAAGAAAGGAUAAAAGUUUGCAAGUACUAUUCAGGUGAUUGGAAAUCAUUUACUACAUUUAAUGAAGAUACCUAUGAUCUAAUUUUAACAUCAGAAACUAUAUAUAAUGUAAACAACUAUACGAAGCUUAUAAAGUUAUUCGAAAAUAAAUUAAAACCAUCAGGAAGUAUUUUAUUGAUUGCCAAAAAUUAUUAUUUUGGUGUUGGUGGUUCAAUUACUGAAUUUUUAAAUUGUUUAAAAUCUUCUAAAAUGAAUUCGGAUAUUGUGUGGACCAGUACAGACGGAGUAAAAAAAACUUUGCUCAAUAUACAUUUUUGAUUGCUAUAGUACAUAUUUGUUCAUAAAUAUUAAGAACUAACAAUCAAGUUAUGACAUUGGUUUUUUCAUUUAUCAUUAUUUACAUAAUUAAGAAUGGCAAUUAAUUAACAAUUAAAUGUAAUAUUAUAUUAAUAUACUAUUCUCUUUGAUUUUGUAAAAAGUGUACAAUGUUGUUUUUGUUCUUGAAAUUUUUUUUGGUUAGUUCAAAAACUAAAAGUUUUAAGUAUUAUUAACUUUAUUUAUUAAUUAGAUGAAUAUUUAACUAGGAAAAUUGUUAAUACUUAUAGAAAUUAGGAACCAUCUAUUUAAAUUGUUUAGUCUUUUCUCAGAGUAUAAAGAAAAACUAUGAAUAGUUCGAGAAGAACAAAGUUAAAUGCCAGUAAUAGUUUUAUUUUAAUUUAUCAUAAUUAACUAAGUUUUGUUAUCCACCUUUUUAAAAUAUCACCAUUAUAAUUAAUAAUUUGAAUAUAAAUUAUAUAUUAUAAUUUAUAUAAUUUAUAAUCAUAUAAAUUUAUAAUAUUUAGGUUAAUAUAUAAAAAAAAAUUUUAAUUGCGAAUAAUGUUUUAAACUGAAAUAGUUUAAUAAUUAUGUUAAUUUAUUUAUGACAUUCUAAAUUCAAAUAAUAAAUGAGAGGAAUGUAUUCAUCCAAUAAUAUGUCUCAAAUU